UUCUUCGUUUGAGUCGCUGAGUGAGAGGAGGAAAACCUCUUCUCCUUCAUCGCUCUCUCCUCUCUUCCUUUCUGUCCUCCGCUGCUCCGAAAUUUCUUCAUCUUUCUGAUCGUUUCUUCCUCUUUCAUUCCAUCGUUCUCCGUUUUAUCUCAUCCUCUCUUUUCUUCGUUGGAGUCGCUGAGUGAGAGGAGGAGAACCUCUUCUCCUUCAUCGCUCUCUCUUCUCUCUUCCUUUCUGUCCUCCGCUGCUCCGAAAUCUCUUCAUCUCUCUCAUCGUUUCUUCCUCUUUCAUUCCAUCGUUCUUCCUUUUUGUUGUUCAGGAGUUCUUUUGUUGCUUUGGAUAGAGCAGUUUGAUUGGUGUUUUCAGUUCUGUUAAGCAAGAGAUACAAUUUUUGUUGCUGAUCUUGGCGAGAACCUUGGCUUUUGCAUGGGUGUUGUCUUAACUGCGUUUUCGACUGUUUGAUAGCUCUUCCCAUUGUUGUUAGGCAACAGCUAUCGAUCUGUUGGUUGGAAUUUGUAAUUUUUGGAUAUCAUGUCUAAAAGGAUUGCAAAAACCAGAAAAAGGCUGAGAACACAGGAAACCCAUAUUUCUACCACUUCGAGUGGUGCACAACUCUGUCAUGAAAAUGUUUGUUGCACUAAUACUAAGCAUAAGCAUCAAGCCAAAAAAAUUUCUGGAACCAGAGUUUCCAAUAGAGCUUUCAUAGUGCAGCAAGCUAGCACAAGUCAAACAACCAGAGAAGAGAUUUCAUUUGACAUUUCUGAUCAGAUGAAUAGGGGUCAAGCAUUUUAUCAGAGGAAGAGGCAAAGAAUGAUGGAACAGUAUGUGGAUUUGGGAGAUAAAAAUUAUAAGUGCAUUUAUUGUGGUGCACUUUUUUGGUUCAAAGAAUCUGUUAAAAAAGCAAAUGCAGCCAAUGAGCCUCUUUUUACUCUUUGUUGUCAACAAGGAAAGAUCAAACUUCCGAUUUCAAAGCCAACACCUCCUUUUUUAGAAAAUUUACUUGAUCCGAGUAAAGGCCCAAAAAGUUUGCUGUUUAGAGAGAAUAUCAGGGCCUAUAAUUCUAUGUUUGCAUUUACUUCAAUGGGAGCCAAAGUUGAUCACUCAAUUAACAGUGGACCAGGUCCUUACAUUUUUAAAAUUAGUGGUCAAGUUCAUCAUUUAAUGGGUUCUUUGUUACCCCUUGAAGGUGAAUGUCCAAAAUUUGCUCAGCUUUACAUAUAUGACACCCAUAAUGAAACAAUGAAUCGCCUUAAUGCUGUUAAUUGUAAAGAAAGGAAUGAAAAGCUUGAUGAAGACAUUGUUCAAGGUUUGAUUAAGAUGUUUGAUGAAUCAAAUGAAUUGGUAAAACUUUUUCGAACAGUCAGGGAUAAAUUCGAAAGGGGUUGUCUAACUUCUUUAAAACUGAGAUUGUUGGGCCGACAAGCAGAUGAUAGUAAACAAUAUGAACAACCGACAUGUGAUGAAAUUGGUGGUUUGGUUGUGGGAGAUAUAGGCCUUUUUGAUUCGAAUAGAGAUAUUGUUAUAGAGUUGAAAGCUGGAGAGUUGAAACGAAUCACAAAAUUAAAUCCAAA